GGCGGAAGGCUGCAUAGUGCUAGCGCGCCGGACUCGCCCAGGCCAGUGUAGUGAGGGUGUCCGUCCGCUGCGGUGCCGCGUUGCCUCUCCGUCCGCGUUAGAGUGCCAGUGUCACCCUCCUCCCGCCCGCCUUUCCACCGGGCAGUGAGAGAGUCGUAACAUCAAUUAGGACACAUCAACAGCAGCGGCAGCCACAGUAGAAACAGCAGCAGCAGCUCCAGUGGGAGAGGGUCGACAGCAGCAGCAGGUAUUCAGGCCUAGUCAGGUGGACGCCAUGGGUGCCAGCGGUUGGCUGUGGUGGUGCCUGGCAGUGCCUUUCGCCGCCUAUCCCACCCUCGGGUUUCUGAUAGAGGGAUCCCCCACCUCCUUCGCCCAAUUCUCACGUUGGGUGCCCGGCACCAACGGCUCGCUGGAGUUUGAAUUUUCGACGCGAGAGCCGGACGGCCUCCUGCUGUACACGGAUGACGGCGGCUCCUACGAGUUCUUCGAGCUGAAGCUGGUGGAGGGCGCAGUGCGGCUGCAUUACAACACAGGAGGCGGCGCGCGACUACUGACGGCAGGCCGCGGCCUGCACGACGGAGCUUGGCACCGCGUGCGGGUGACUCGCCGCCUUGAACAGACCCACCUCACUGUUGAUGACGAGAUCGAGACCCGCGUCGUCAAGUCCCUCAACCAUGAGUUUGGAAACCCUGACACCAACUCCUUUGUGUACUUGGGAGGCCUCCCGUUACUGCUGACGCGGCAGGUGGGCAACAGACUCACACUUCCUGUGGUCACCCUAGAACCACGCUUCGCCGGCCAGCUGCGGGGCUUAACCUACACUCGCGGGAAUGGCCUCGCCCGCUCCCAGAACAUGAUCGCCAGCCAGGGCGUGCGUGAAAUGGUACACGGCGGGGAGUGUGACCAACAUGGGCCCUGCAUGAAUGGAGGUCGCUGCUACUCCGGAGACCAGGCACCUCGGUGUGACUGUUCCCGCAUCGCCUACGAAGGACCUUACUGCGAGAAAGAGCGUCGGGUGGAGGAGAUCACCUUCAGAGGGCGCGAGUACGUGUGGUGGGAUCUGCGCAGGACAGGAGGUCAGCCCCUCGCCGCCCAGAGUGACCACCUCUCCUUCUCCUUCAAGACUCGCCAUCCUGCUGGAGUUCUCUUCUUCUCUGGUGACGGUAAGGAUUACGUCAACAUCGCCUUGAGAGAGGGCGGCGUGUUGGUGACCCUUGACAUGGGCGGCGACCCCUUGAAGGUGACGGUGCGGCCUGACAACGUACGCUUCGAUGACAACCAGUGGCAUAGAGUCUCCGUGCACCGUACUGUGAAGGAGAUCAAUGGACACACCAGCUUCUGUACGCUCUCAGUCUCCGUGGAUGGACUCUACUCGAAGAAGGGGACGACGGCGGGGCCCUUCUCCCAUCUCAGUUCCUCCAGGUUGCAUUUGGGAGGCGCUGACGUCCCCGCUCUUCUGCCAGGCGCCGAAACUCGGUCUAAUUUCGUCGGUUGCAUGAGGAAGGUGGAGUACGUGGCUGACAGCGUACGCCUUGACAUCAUCCGCACGGCACGCCAGGGAAGUCCUCUCCUCCACGUGAAGGGCAAGGUGGACUACAUGUGCCAUGAGGUGGAAGCGGGAGAUCCUGUGUCCUUCACCACCCAAGAGUCCUACCUGGAUGGUCCGGAGAAUGGUGUGGUUAAGUUUACGAGACCCGACGCCUUCCUGGUACUGCCGUCCUGGGAAGCUACUCGGCAAGGCUCUGUCAGUUUCAAGAUGCGCACCACAGAGCCUGAUGGUCUCCUCAUGUACAACUCAGGCUCUCUGGCAGCUCAGGGUGACUUUUUUGCCGUGGAGCUGAUGGAGGGUCACCUGUACCUACACCUCAGCCUCGGGUCAGGGUUGCGGAAGGUCAAGGCCACCAACAGGAGAAUUGAUGAUGGCUGGUGGCAUGAGGUCACACUGAACCGAGAUGGCCAGGUGGGCCGCAUCACAGUGGACGAGGGAGCCAAUGACUUCACCACACCAGGAGACUCUCACCGGCUGAACCUGGACGGAGCAUUGUAUGUUGGUGGUGUGAGCACUGGCGUGGAGGUGCCCCCUGAGGUGUGGUCUGGCCGGCUGGGCCUGGGCUACGUGGGCUGCAUGAGGGACCUGGUGAUCAAUGGACUGGCAGCUGAUCUUGCCUCAUAUGCCAAGAAACAAGACUCAGGCUCCAUUAUCAACUUCUGCCACAGUGAUGGCGGCUCCUGUUCCUCCAACCCCUGCAUGCACGGAGGCACCUGCAAGGAGGGCUGGGGACGCUUCAUCUGUGACUGCUCCCACACCGCCUUUGUGGGGCCAACCUGUGGGAAGGAUGCUGCCACACUCAGCUUUGAUGGAUCCCAGUAUGUGCGAAUGUUCUCAGAUGAAGAGUCCAACACCCAGGCCGAGGACAUUACUUUCAGGUUCCGCACCAAUAGACCAGUGGGGCUCCUGCUCUCCACCACCUCCACCCUUUCCUCAGACAGGCUGGAACUGGCACUGCAGGCCGGCAAACUCAGGCUCACUGUCAAGCUGGGAGACAAGGAUAAGGUUGUGCACGUAGGGAAUGGCCUCAAUGACCAGCAGUGGCACUCUGUUCACCUGGUGAGAAGAGCAACACAGGUGUCUCUGCAAGUUGACAAUGAGACACCAGUACUGGACCACACAAUGGGGCGCCACAGCAUCCUGCAGUACCGGGACAUCCACGUUGGCAUGGUGAGCAAUGACUCCAGUGCCUACCCCUCCCCGCCCAUCUCUGGCAGCCUGGGGCCCAUCCCUCCCUUCAUUGGCCAGAUGCAGAGUCUGUACAUCAACGGGAAAUAUGUCUUUGAAAUGGCUCGAGCUGGUCACCUUAACAGGAUGGAGUCUGACUGGAACAAUACACACUUGCAGGUGAGUGCAGUGUUUGGCCGUGGCUCCCAGGUGGUGCAUCACCCCGUCACCUUCAAGAGUCGCACAGCAUACGUGGCUCUCCCUCAGCUCAAGGCUUACUCCUCCACCAAUAUCUACUUCCAGUUCAAGACGCUCCAGCCUUCAGGUCUCCUUAUGUACAAUGGGGGAAAAGGCCAUGACUUUCUUGCCCUGGAGCUGAUCAACGGCCACGUGCACCUCAUCUUCAGCCUGGGAGAUCGGCCGGUGCGUGUGAGGGAUAACAACAAGAUGGCACUAAAUGACAACAAGUGGCACGUGGUCACAGUAAGCCGGCCAUCCUCCCUCCAGCACACUCUCCUUGUGGAUGACACUCUGGCUACUGUGACCAAUGGCGGAUCUAGUGAGACUCUUGACCUGCAGGGCUUCCUCUACUUGGGUGGUGUUCUUCCUGAGAUGUACACCAGACUGCCGCGCCACAUCGUGUCCCGCUCAGGCUUUGAAGGCUGCAUGGCAUCCCUGGACCUGAAUGGUGAGGCCCCUGACCCUGCUGGCAAGGAUGUCCCCAUCAUGGCCAACCACGUAUACUCGGGCUGUGAAGGUCCCAGCACAAAGUGUCACCGCAAUGCCUGUGCCAACGGAGGGACGUGUGUGCAGCAGUGGAACUCAUACUCCUGCAACUGUGACAUGACCUCCUACACGGGCCCCACCUGCUCUGAUGAGUCUACAUCCUAUGAGUUCAACAAGGGCCUGCUAACCUUCCAAUACCCAGAGGGGCGGUGGCCAGACUCCCGUCGAGACCUGCUGGCUCUUGGUUUUAUGACCAACCAGGAGGAUGCCGUGGUGCUCAGGCUGGACUCAGCAAACUCCAACGACUUCAUGGAGCUGGAAAUUGUUGAAGGAAACGUGUUCGUGGUGUACAACAUGGGUACGGAGGAUCACCCCGUUGGGGAGAUCAUGUCCAAGGUCAACGACGGCAUGUACCACGUAGUGCGCUUCAUCCGCUCCGGCCCCAACGCCACCGUGCAGAUCGACGACUACGAAAUCCAGGAGAACAACCCGUCAGAGGAUGGUCAAACUAGCUUCAGAGUGUUGAAGAAGCUUAGGUCUGGAAUCUGGCAUGGUCACCAGCUCUCAGUCUUCAAUGCCCAGUCCAAGCUUCAGGUCGGUGGCCGCAGAGCAAAGCGAUCAUCUUCCAUUGAGAGACCGUUCCAGGGUGUUAUGUCUGGAUUGGUGCUGAAUGGGGAACGGCCUCUUGACCUGGCAGCUGAACGUGAUCCAAGAGUGCUGUUAGAAGGCAAUGUGCACUUACUAAUGAACCUGCCCAAGGACCUUCAAGGCCACAGCAACGACCUCAACCAGUGGCAGAGGACACCUCCCCUACCCGGUCCCUCCCCUGGUGAAGGGGACGAUCUGGUGUUCAGCGGUGCUGGGUCUGGCUGUGACAUGGAUGACGAAGACGAGUGUAUCCCUGUCUUUGACACUGGCUCAGGUGACGACCUCAUCACUCCUGUCUACAUCCCACCCACCCAGCCCCCAUCCACCAAGCCUCCCCCCCUCCCACAAAUCCCUGACCACGACACCAGUGGAGGCAUCCGGCCCUGUGAUGACGAGGACUGCUACAUCGGUUCUGGCUCUGGGGAAUUCAACACUGAGAAUGGAGGAAUGACUGACCUUGACAAUGUGGACGACACGGAUCUUGAGUUCCCUCCAUCUCACCACCCCAUGCUUGCUCCAGAAAUUAUCCACUCAGAGGAGGACAGCCCUGGCAGCACCGGCCUCGGCCACUCCAACAGCCGAGGUCCUGGUUCCGGUCCCACCACCCCAUCUCGGCCAGAGCCCACGCCCCCAAGCUCCUCUACCACCACCACCUCCACCCACACCCCUAAUGCCAGGCACCACCCCACCUCCACCACCACCACCACCACCACUCCACUGCCGCCAUACUCCUACCCUCAACCGCCUCUGGAGUAUGACUACCAUGAAUUUGGCUACCCAGAGAUGAACGAGAAGGGGAACAACAAGGGCCGAAAGGACGACGGACCACACGAGGCCAUCCACAGCGACACAUCGGGCAGCGUGGCCCUGGUCAUCAGCAUCGUGGCCGGCACACUCAUUGUGGUGAUCCUCAUUGUACUGCUGGUGCUUAAGUUCAAGGGAAGGCAGGACGGCGCCUACAAAGUGGACGAGAGCAAGAACUAUGAGGGCAUUCCCACGGUGCCGACGCCCAUGAUCAACGGGCAGGGCAAUGGUGCCAUUAAGCCCGGUGACCGGCGGCCCGUCAAGAAGCAGAGUAAGGAUGUUAAAGAGUGGUAUGUGUGAGUGAUAGGUGGUGUUUGUAUUGAGGGAAUUAUACUGUGUGAAGUCUCAAAAUUUUGACUGUGAUCUCUAUUGUUUUUGCAAUACCUCCAAAAUAAUAGGAAUGUAUGAUCCCACUCCUGUGUAAUCUUACAUUUUUUUACUUUUUCUCAUAUGUCCACUUCCAGUGGGAGUGUAAAUCUAAGAAGAAUGUUUUUGCUACUUGCUGUAGGUAAUUAUUGUUAGUUCCAGUUUUCAAGGACAUAUAGUUUUCGCGACGUGCGCCAUGGAUUGGUUCCUGCCACAGUGGCCGCCUGGACUGGCUGGGGCGGCCCAGGAGUGUGUUGGUGCUGGUGUGGGCGGUGCUAACACUGAGUGGUGGCGCAAGUGUUGGGUGUGUGGGUCCUGAACAUUUGGUCGUCCUCCAGAGACUCUAUUUACCUUUGGUUUCAUUUUACACGUGCAUUCGUGGUCGCAGACGUCCAUUGUAGAGCAAGAGUAUUGUUGUUCAUCAAGCUUUACACUUUACAUAGAUACCAUUACAUCAUCAUCCAAGGAUUUUGAGCUUUUAUUAAAAUCUUCCUUGAUUCAUCCUCUUUAUAUAAUAGAGAGAAACGCUAUUUUGAUGAUUUACAAUACUAAGCCCUACAAAAUAUUGAGGAACAUUGAUUUGUAACAUGUAAAACAUUGUCAGCGCUCCUUUUCCAUGCCGGCACCAUUACCGUAGCACAAAGAGAGAUGCACCCCCCAGGGAUGUUGGUGCCUUGGGGUGGACCACUUCCCACGAGUUUGUACACAAAGCAAGGUUGCCCCGCCCUGGUGUGGGUAUGGCUGACCCGGGCUGGCCCUCGGGACACCCUCUGAGCAAGGGGCCAGGAGUUAGGCCAUAGCAUAGAGCUUAGGGCUGUCCAUUGGUCUGGAUUCAUCCUUUGUUAUUUGCUUCAUACUAGACUUAUAAUUGGACUGAGUUCUGCAAACAGCAAUGUGAUAAAGAGGGCGAUGGUUGGGAUCAUGGGGAAGCAUGGCUGUUGGGGCUGGGUCUUUAGUCAUGCCAGCAUUUCUAUAAUAUAUCAACAUGGCAUUGCCUCAAACCCUGAACAUAUCACAGUAGAUCCAGGGGGUUGUGUCAGGUGGUGAAGUGCAGCAACACUCCCCAGUCAGUGUCCUUGAGGCUGGUGGGACACCACAGGCCAGGCAGCAGCCAGGGUAGUCAGGUUCCUCUGGAGAUGUAUUUCCAUCCUUCCAGCAAAAAACAAAUCUUCAUCUGGUUAUUCAUCUGACAUAAUAGUGUAUGAAAACGUCAAGUGUAAACACUUCAGUGCUUCAUAUACAACAUCAUGCAACUCAGUAAAUUUAUACUGCAGCAAAGCCUUAAGUAGUGAGGAAUAUGAUCCUUCUAAUGCCAACUGCCUUUUUUUGGUACUGCUCUGAGCUUCAAUAAUAAUUUAUAAUCAAAUAAUACUCCCAAGAUCUUGGUACACAAGAACUUGCAUUGGUAAGCACUGUGAUGGGCAGGUGUUGGUGGUGAAGAUGGUGGUGGUGGUGAUGAGUGGUAGUGGGCAGUGUAUCAGUGGAGACUCUCUCUUCAGGGAAUAGAAUGUUACAGUAUGGCUAAUGUUGGCUCAGGGGAAAAGAUUAUAUUGUUAGUUAUGCAAAUUCCUAUACUUAUCUCUAGAAAUUAUCCAUAUUCUACUGAAACAUAUGAUUUUUUUUCCAUACAUAUACACCUACAUAUAAACACACAGAUGCAUAUAUAUAUAUAUAUACAUAUAUAAAUAACCUCACUUUUCUGAACCAAAGUAGGGACUCCAUGAAAAGCUUUUAAGAAGGCAGUUUACUGUUAAGCUGCACAGAAUUCACCCAAAGAUGUAAUAUAAUGUUACUGUAUAUCAUUCACUGUACAGCCCCUCCUAGUUGUAAGUCCACAGAACUAGAUUAAUGCAUUUCAUCUUUUACACAAACUCGCAGGUUGAGUUGAAGGCGUGAGUUAUUUUUUAAAGUGAGGCUUUUGGGUGAUAGGUGUGAAAGUCCUACCUCUGCCUGUGUCUAUUUUCCUGAAGGUUCUGAUGAUGCAGUGACUAGUGACAAUGGUUUAUGUGUUGUUGAGAGUUUUAUCUGGAAAGAUUUUAUUGUUUAAAAGUCUAGUUGACAAGGAAAACAAAACAAAACAAAAAAAAAAAGAAAUUUACUUGCUCUGAAAUAUAAUGCCCUUUGAAUUUGAAUGUGUCACUUGGUAAACACACUGAGGAAAAGUGUGCCAGUCAUGAAGUGUGUGAUGAAUAUGGCACAUACAUUACCACAAUACUCAUUGAAUGGCCAGUGGCUCACAGGUGCAAUGGAGGCAAGGAGUCGCGCUGCUCACCACACAGAUGAAGGCAAGACACCAAUCAUCAAGACGAUCAAGUUGUGUUUGAGUGUCGAGUGUUACCUUUCUUUACUUUUUAGGCGAGCCCGUCUGGAGAGCUGCAGUCAGCCGAGUGCUGUCCCCUGUGGCUCCCUCACUCACCACCUCCAUGUUAGCUGUUGGUUGCAAAGCACUGUUUUGGAAACUUUGCACUCAUUGCUUUAAUGUAUGUGAAGACUACAGCUGUUGUCUAUUGUGAAAGGUAGGAUAAACUGUAUUUGUUAUGAGACAUACUCCUUAUUAUGACUAGGAACAUGUUGCGAUAUAUAAUGUAUAAUAAGAGUUGCCAUAUCUUGAGAAAAUUUUGUUGUGUGUUAAUAUAUUUGUAUGACAUUAUUUUCUGACAAUGAAAAUAACUUAAAACUAAGAUUUUGUUAGUCAAUUGGGUCAUCCUCAUUAUUUACAAGGUGUAAAGUUGCGUGUACAUAGGAAUUCUAACAUUAAAUAUGUUAGAUAUAC